AUGAUCGGGCGGCGCUUCCUCCGCGACGGCGAACAUCUGGUCCGCGUCUUUUCCUCCUCCACCACCACGAGCUCCCCUAAACCUGGCCGGAUCCCCACCUUCCUUAGAGAAUCCGGCGGCUCCAAUGGCCCAUCCAGCUGGCUACUGGUUCAAGAACCCGUCGCCAGCCUAUGCGCCGAUGGCAGGUUCCAGGACGCCGUCGAGGUCCUCUUCCGGCGGCGCGGUAGCGUCGGCGAUGCCGUCGGAUUGCUCGACGUCGUCGACAGAUUGCAUCAGGCGUCGCCCCAGGUUUAUCCCUAUCUCUUCCAACUGUGCCUCCGCCAUGGCGCCGUCGACGACGCCGGCCGCGUCUUCCGGCACGCCAUAGGAUCGGGAUUCCAGCCAGAUGUUCUCGUUUCCAACCGUCUCAUCGCCAUGUUCUCAAAAUCAGGCCGCCAUGUCGAUGCUCGGAGUGUAUUCGACCGGAUGUCGGAGAGGGACGCCUGCUCGUGGAACACGAUGAUCUCCGGCUACGCGAAGAGAGGCGGCAUGGCGGAGUCACGGCAGCUGUUCGACCUAAUGCCACGGGGGAUGAGAGACGGUUUCUCGUGGAGCUCGGUGAUGUCCGGUUACAUACGGCACGGCCAGCCAGCGGAAGCCCUGAGGCUCUACCGGGAGAUGCAGAUGGACGGAAGGUCGGUCGGGAACAAGUUCACCGUCUCAAGCGCCCUCGUUGCGUCGGCCGCCGUCCUCAACCUGAGAUUCGGGAAGGAGAUUCACGGCCAUGUUAUCCGCGGCGAGCUCGCUUCGGACGCUGUUCUCUGGAGCGCCCUCUCCGACAUGUACGCUAAGUGUGGAGCCAUAGCCGAAGCGAGGCACAUAUUCGAAUGCUCCCCCAACAGAGACGUCGUCUCCUGGUCCGCCAUGAUUGGGAGGUACUUCGACGCGGGUAGAAGCGAUGAGGGCAUGAGGCUCUUCUCCGACAUGCUGCGAUCAGGAGUGAGGCCCAACGAGUUCACCUUCGCGGGGAUCCUCAACGUGUGCUCGGAGAGAACCAUGGAAGCCCUGGGGAAGCAGGUCCACGGGCACAUGGCGAGGAUCGACUGGGAUCCCUUCUCAUUUGCAGCCGGAGCACUCAUCGACAUGUAUUCCAAAUGUGGGAACAUCAGCAGCGCAAGCAAGGUGUUUGAAAGUAUGCCGCAACCGGAUCUGGUCUCCUGGACUUCGCUGAUUUCCGGGCUAGCUCAGAACGGCUACCCCAUGGAGGCUCUCAGGUACUUCGACUCCCUGCUCAGCUCUGGCACCAAACCCGAUCACAUCACCUUCGUGGGGGUCCUAUCUGCCUGCACCCACGCCGGGCUCGUCGACAAAGGGUUGGAGAUUUUCUGGUCGAUAGAGAAGGAUCACGCGCUGGCUCACACCAGCGACCACUACGCCUGCGUGGUCGACCUCCUGAGCCGCGCGGGGCGGUUCGCUGAAGCGGAGGAGAUCAUCCGCAGGAUGCCCAUGAAGCCGGACAAGUUCCUGUGGGCUUCCUUGCUCGGCGGCUGCAGGAUCCACGGCAACAUACGGCUCGCUCGGCAGGCGGCGGAGGCUUUAUUCCGGCUAGAGCCUGAGAACGCCGCCACCUAUGUGACCCUAGCCAAUAUCUACGCCACCGCCGGCCUCUGGGACGAGGUGGCCUGGACCCGACGGCUGAUGGAGGCGAAAGGGGUCGUGAAGAAGCCCGGCUCCAGCUGGAUCGAGAUCGAGAGGAAGGCCCACCGGUUCCUGGUGGGGGACGACUCGCAUCCCAGGAUAAAUGAGAUCCACGCCCAGCUGGAGAAGCUCUCCGCGAAGAUGAAGGAAGAAGGGUACAUCCCCGACACGCAGUUCGUCCUCCACGACGUCGAGGAGGAGCAGAAGGAACAGAACUUGACCUACCACAGCGAGAAGCUGGCGGUCGCCUUUGGGAUCAUCGCGACGCCCCCGCCGGCGGCCAUCAAGGUCUUCAAGAACCUCCGCAUCUGUGGAGACUGUCACACGGCGAUUAAGUUCAUAUCAAGGAUUUCCCAGAGGGAGAUCAUCGUGAGGGACUCGUCCAGAUUCCAUCACUUCAAGGACGGAAGCUGUACCUGUGGAGACUACUGGUGA